GUAUUAAUAAGAGUGAAAUCUGGCCAGACACAACAUCACAGCCCUGACACUUGUUUCUUGUCAAGACCCAAGAGCUAUAAUUUGAAAAAAGAUUUGAUUUUUGAAUCUGCUCACCUCUACACUCUUCUUCACUUGUCUUCUUGCCUUAAAUCUUGGCUUUUCAAAGCUAAAGAAUUUAUCUCUUUGUACCAAAAAUUAUUUUUUGAGUUCAAUUUUACUCUGAUUCUGAGUUUAGCUAUCUGGGUUUUCUGUUUCCUUGUGAAUCGUCACAAAAAGAUGAGACUUUGAAGCUAAAAUCCCACAAAUAAGUGUGCUUUGAGUUUGCUGGAUCAUAAAGUUUGUGCUGGUAGGUAUUGAUAGCAGUGAAAACAGUUUCUGGGAGGAUUCUAAAGGUCAGGAGCUCUGGUAAAUGAUAGCAACAAAGAAUUGCAUUUGAGACAAUUUCAGCUAUAUCUGAAGUCAUGGUGGAGGAGAUUAGAAAUGAUGAUUUGGAAGGUAGAAAUGAUGCUGUGAUGGAACAAUCAGCAGAAGAGUGGUUAGCACAUGCCCAAGAAAAUGUGCCGAUUGCACUAGGAAAAGCAAGAGAGGUCAAGGGAUUUUCAGGUAGGUGGAAAGUCAUAAUUUCAAAAUUGGAGCUCAUUCCAUCGCGCUUAUCAGAUUUAUCAAGCCACCCUUGUUUCUCGAAGAAUACACUCAGUACGGAGCAGUUGCAGGCUGUUGCAAAGACUCUGGAUGAAGCAAUUGAAUUAGCAGAAAUUUGUGUAAAGGAAAAAUAUGAGGGGAAACUUAGGAUGCAGAGUGAUCUUGAUUCCUUGUCAGGUAAAUUGGAUUUAAAUCUCAGAGAUUGUGGUCUUCUGAUCAAAACUGGGGUGCUUGGUGAUGUCACCUUUCCUUCAACAGCUUCAAAUCCCACUGACUCUGAAACGGCCACACAUUUUAGCAUAAAGGAAUUACUGGCCCGACUUCAGAUUGGACAUCUAGAGGCAAAAAACAAAGCUAUUGAUAGCCUUGUCGAGAUCCUUCAAGAGGAUGAAAAGAAUGUGCUGGCUGUUCUUGGAAGGAGUAAUAUUGCUGCUUUAGUCCAAUUACUAACAGCCACCUCUCCGAGGAUCAGGGAGAAGACUGUCACAGUAAUCUGUUCUCUUGCGGAAUCAGGAAGCUGCGAGAGUUGGCUUGUUUCUGAAGGUGUUCUUCCACCUCUGAUAAGGCUUGUCGAGUCUGGUAGUGCAGUGAGUAAAGAGAAAUCGUCAGUUUCUCUGCAAAGACUGUCAGUGUCAACAGAAACUUCUCGUUCAAUUGUGGGACAUGGUGGAGUCGCGCCUCUGAUUGAUAUAUGCCGAAGUGGUGAUUCUGUUACACAGGCUGCAGCUGCUUGUACUCUAAAAAACAUAUCUGCUGUUCCAGAAGUGCGUCAAACUCUUGCAGAAGAAGGAAUUGUUAAAGUAAUGAUCAAUCUCCUUGAUCAUGGAAUUCUAUUGGGAUCCAGGGAAUACGCAGCUGAAUGCUUGCAAAAUCUCACCUCAACCAAUGAUAGUCUUCGAAGGUGUGUUGUAGCAGAAGGUGGAAUACAAAGUCUAUUGAUUUACUUGGACGGUCCACUUCCUCAAGAAUCUGCAGUUGGCGCAUUGAGGAACUUGGUCAGCUCAGUCUCCGAGGAAAUCUUGAUCUCACACGGGCUUCUACCAGUACUGGUUCAUGUCCUGAAGUCCGGAUCAUUGGGUGCACAACAAGCAGCCACCUCAGCAAUAUGCCAAAUUUGCAGCUCCAUAGAAAUGAAGAAAAUGAUCGGUGAAGCUGGCUUCAUUCCUCUGCUUGUUAAAAUGCUGGAAGCUAAAUCAAAUAGUAACCGGGAGGUUGCAGCACGAGCACUAUCAAGCUUGAUGAAUCUUUCACACAACUGCAGAGAAGUGAGACGGGAUGAAAAAAGCGUGCCAAAUUUAGUCCAACUUCUUGACCCGAGUCCUCUAAACACCGCUAAGAAGUAUGCAGUCACUUGUCUUGCCUUGCUCUACUCGAGCAAGAAGUGUAAGAAGCUGAUGAUCUCGUAUGGCGCCAUUGGAUAUCUCAAGAAACUCACUGAGAUGGACAUCCCAGGUGCAAAGAAGCUGCUGGAGCGAUUGGAAAGGGGGAAGUUAAGAAGCUUGUUCAGCAGAAAGUAGGGGCAAGAAGAGUUUUCCUGAAUUAUGUGUAAUGUAAUGGAAGUAUAUUCUCUUAUGCUUGAAGUUUCAUGAUCUGUAUGAAACGUCUGGUUUGUGACAUUAAUUAAGAUGUUUAACAUUGUGAUAUGCAUAUGCAAUUAUCUUGUACAUUGCAUUGUAAUCAAGAGGACUGGAUGCAGAACCUUUGGUUGUAAUAUAAA